GUGUCAAGUGCGCUUAGCGUUCGGACGCUUUGAGGUUAGGUUGUGUGGUUGUUGCGUAAUAAUUGUGCGUUGUAGCGCGCACAAAAUGGUACGUUGGCGCACAAACGACGUGCAAAAUGGCGUCGUACGCGUGGACGCCAAACAGCUGUCGAGUCUGAUACGCCAGGAGCCAAUUUCCAAAUAUUAUCACAUCGAGCAACCGCCGUUUGCUGUGGGAGCUUUCGCGAGCGUUUGUCGGGCCCAACAGCUGGGAAGCGGUGUGGGCGGUAUGUUUUGCGCUAAGCACUGUCUGCGCAUGCGCAGUGGUCUCGACUGCACUGCCGACAUCCACCACGAGAUAGCGCUGUUGUCGCUGUGCUCCACGUCACCGCGCGUAGUGAGGCUGCAUGAUGUAUUCGAAACCGAUGACCAUUUUGUCAUCAUUAUGGAGUAGCAGUGCACCAGGCGGGGACAUGCAGACGAUAAUCGACAACAAUGUUGUGCCCUUUGAAGCGGAUGUUGUCAGGUUUGUGCAGCAUGUGGUCGAAGGUCUGGCAUAUCUGCACCAUAGACGAAUUGCACAUCUCGACAUCAAGCCCCAGAAUCUGGUUCUAAUGGGGGAGUUUCCACACUGUGACGUCAAGGUGUGCGAUUUUGAAAUUUCCCGCGUUAUUUUGGACGGAUCAGACAUUCACGAAAUACUGGGAACACCGGAAUAUGUUGCUCCUGAAAUCCUGCAUUAUGAACCAAUCACUUUAGCUGCCGAUAUGUGGUCCCUAGGAGUGACCGUCUACGUUCUGCUGACUGGGUUCUCACCCUUUGGAGGUGAAACGGAUCAGGAGACCUUUCUGAACAUCAGCCGAGCUCAGCUAGACUUCCCUGAUGAGCUUUUCGAUGAUGUGUCACAACAUGCCAAAGACUUCAUUGCUAAAUUGCUCAAGAGGAAUCCAAAAGACCGUAUGACAGCCAAACAAUGCCUGAACCACCCCUGGUUGGCCAACAACAAAACGUCACGCAGACACCAUCGAAGUAAGACCACGACAAACUCUCACCACUCCAGUGGUCCCACCGCCGCCACUUCCAGCAACCAACUGCGCAAGUACCUGUCCAAGUCACGUGAGGCGCUGUUUGAACGGGUGGUAGCCAAGCACAAGUCUCAGGCGUCCAGUGGCUCCGGCAUCAAGUCACGCUACGAUCGCACCAGGAGACUGUGUGAGAGUCAGAUGUCACUUGUGUCCAGGUCCAGGGAACAACUACUGCUGAGUGGCCACAAACGCUGUCUAUCCCGGGACAAACUGUAUGGCAUCCGGCAUCUGUCCAAGUCACAUGAAGUGCUCAACAGUCUGGCUGGAGCGCUGGUUGCCCAACAGAUGGACAAUGAUGAUGGAGAAGACACCAAAAUGGCUGCUGAAGGGGACAAAAUGGCUACAGACAGUUGUCAUGACAAAGUGGCGCCUGAAGUUGGACACAAAGAUGUCAUCACUUCCAAACCAUCACCACUACAAACUGUGUUAACCCUCAUCUGUGAUGCUAGCCAGAAUAAUAACAACAAUGACAAGGAACGAACUAAAGAAAAUGGCUCAACCAGCAGUGCUACCAAAACCACCCAAUCAAAACAAUAUGCAACCAGUUCUACCCCCGCCACUCCAGAAUCUACUGAGUCCAAAGUACUUAUUGCAAUCGAAAAACUGCAUCUAGCCAUGAAUAACGAAAAGAACAACAACAACCAAAACAAAGAUAACUGCAGAAUACAUUCAGAUGAAAACAAGACCACAACAAAAACAGCUAAUCAAAGAAAGACAUCAACCACAGAUGAUCCAGAAAAAACUAUCAAUAGAACAGCUGAUCAGAGAAAAAUAUCAACAACAGAUGAUCCAAACAAAACUACCAGCAGAUCGGCUGAUCAGAAUAUAAAUCAGACAACAGCUGAUCAUGGCAGGAGGUUCACAGUUUCUAGAGCAGAUGACCAGAGUAGAAGUUCACAAAUUGAGAGUAGUGGUAGUAAAAGAUUCACAGUUUCCAAGACAGUUGAACAGGGCCAAGUUUCUUCAACAAUGUUAACUGAUCAAAAUAAGACUCUAGGGUCUCCUACAAAAACAAAAAUGCCUUCAUUAGAUUCCUCCAAUCAUGCCAAAACAGCUGAGCAGACCAAAUUUCAAAGUUCCACUGUGGAUAAAACAAAAAUUUCUACCUUGUCAACAGCAACUGAUCACAAUAGGACAUCACCUGUAACUGAUAGAAAGAAAAUGUCAUCUGCUUCCUCCACAUUAGCUGAUAAGUCCAAAUCACAACCAACAACAGCAGGUGAUCCAUUUAAAACAGAUGUUGACCACUCCAAACUGGUAGGUAACAAAACAGCUGAUCAGUCCAAGGCAACAAUGGUUGACAAAACAGUUGAUACAUCAACAACAGCAGCUGAUCAAUCCAAAAUGGAGGUCGACCAAUCCAAAAUGACACCUGACUCAAGAUUGCAAGUGACAAAGCGCCCCACCCAACUACUAUUCAGCAAGCAAACAUCCGGCCCUGGAGAGGACCAAAAUCCCAGUCCCCUAUCACCCAGCACAGACCUGUCUUCGUCUGAGGCCGAUGUUAGUGAGCCAGACAGUAGCAGCCACCAGUCCACCUGGCAGAGGAUCAUUGCAGAUGAGGAAGAGCCACGCUUCACUGUUGCUCAACUGGUAUCGGCAUUCAACAAACAUCAGGCACUGGUCACUAAGACAUCUCUGGAGGUGACAAUGAAUAUGCGAGGCAGUGCCCCGGAAUCAAAAAUUCUACCUGAAGAGGUCUGCAGUCACACUACAAAUCGAAAAUUUCCAAUAGGCCCUGACGCCCUAAGACUCUUCAUUCCGGGCAUCAGAAUAUCAGAGCAUAACCUGAAAAAAUCCCCUCCUCCGACCCCACCACUUUCUGAGACUUGUGACAAAAAUCACCCCUCAAAACCAACUGAAAUGGAGGCGAAAAAAUCUCCCUCAACACCUCCACCUACUGAAAAUAUCGACAAAAAUUUGACUACUUUUGACAAAAAUUUGGUUCCAACAACUAAACCCUCAGAAUCAGACCAGAGUAUUGACAGGAAUCGAGAAAACCAACGCAAAAUAUCUGAUAAAAGUUGUAAAAUCACCGAAAAACCUACUGUAGAUUGUAGCAGUGCUAGUACAGGAUUUGAAUUUUCUCCGCCAACACCACCAGCGCUACCUAGCAGUGAAACUCGGAACUACAAGGAGUUCAGUCGACCCACGACUAGACACAGGACAUCAGGCCGGCAGGCGACCACUCUGGCAGCUAGCAGUAAAAUAAGGAAGAAAUCCAAUACAACACCAAAACCGCCCCCGUUUUAUUGAUUAAAUACAUAAUUAAAUGUAUUUUCCAACGUUAAAUACCACAAGAGAAGUUUUGUAGACCUGGGGAAAUCAAAUUUAAAAAUAAUGGAAACUGCUCAAAAGCUUCUUGGGGCAUUAUUAUUAUUAUUCCAGCUAGUCAACAACUAUUUGAUUGCAAAAUGAUGACUUUGUAGCAAAGAGAGAUUAGUGGAUAUUUUUCAUAAAUUUGUAUAAUUAUUUAAAAAACCUUUAAAAAAUAUUCAUCUAGUAGAUAGCAUGACUAGAGUCGAAUUACUUUGCUCAAUAACUUCUAGAAUAUUCUAAUUAUUAUUUUCUAGUUAAGAUUUGCUAGUAAGACAUGUCGUAUCACACAAAUUUGAUACACGUAUCAUUGAAAACUGAUACAGUAUCACACAAUAGUGAUACACGUAUCAUCGAAAACAGGCCUAUUUGACACAAGUGUAUCAUGUGCACAUAUUUUUCAUGAUACAGGUAUCACAAUCGUUGGAUACAGUUUCAGUUGUCAAUGAUAACAUUAAUUAUUUUGUGCGAUAUCUUGCUCAUUUAAUAAACAAAAAAAUUAUUUAUUUUAUACUUUUUUACACCGAUUUAAUCUGUAGAGACAAAACAAAAAUUAUUUUCUUGUCUAACAUAGUUACUGAGAAAAUAAACGUAUUUUUCACCACA